AUGCUCGGAUUUACUUACGUCUUGGGCGUUGUACUUGCCAUGAGCUCCGUUGUUUCAGCAACGAGUAUCUUGUUGCCGCUUUACCUCUGGCCGACAUCAACCGCGAUAUGGGGCCCUGUGUAUAAUGCUGUUGCUACAUACCCGGAUGUUUUAUUCCAGAUUAUUAUUAACCCAUCUAGUGGCCCUGGAUACUCGCAAUACCCCGAAGAUGACUACAUCUUGGCUAUUGCAAAGCUGAACCGCUAUAACAACACUCGACUUAUCGGUUACAUUCCUACCGAAUAUGCCCAACGUGACAUAUCCGAGGUUGAACAGGCCAUCUCCGUCUAUAGCGGCUGGUCUUCUUACACAAAAAGGAACAUCGCCCUCUCUGGCAUCUUCUUCGAUGAAGCCCCUAGAACCAAUGACGACACCACAAUCCAGUACAUGAAGACUGUUUCAGCAAAGGCCCGGUCAAGCAAUUUGCCAACUGUUGUUUUCAACCCCGGUACCAAGGUUGAAGAGGGCUCCGCGCCUUCAUACUUCGGCGCAGCAAACUUCAUCGUCGAGUUUGAGAACAGCUACGAUACAUGGACAACAACUAUCCCAACUGAGCAGCUUUCUUCCCAGAAGUACCACAAACAGGAUGCUGUUCUUCUCUACAAUGCUCCUCUCACUGCGGAUUACGAAACUGUUGUUGCUGAGGCGAAACAAAUGGGAUUGGGCGCUGUAUACUUGACCAAUGUUGCUGAUUACGCUUCCGUUGAUUCGGUUCACAGGGUUGCCACUGCUUUUACCCAAGCAUAG